AAUUUCUCUGCACGGAAGUAGUUUGGACUGUGCUGAUGCACCCGUUGCAUCAUGCCGGUGUCUUGAUGCAACUGGGCUUUGAACCUUUUCCUGGUGAGGUUGUUCGGCUGGGAUUCCUUGGACCGCGCAAUCUCCUACCAGGGGCGCAACAUCUAAUUGGGUACAUCCAUCAGAGCGAUGGAUUCUUCGGCCUCUAUCGGGGUCUGACGGCCAGCAUUGCGGUAAAUGUCACUUCAUACGUGAUGGAUACAUCUAUGAUAAUGCUGGGCCCGCGGACAUGCAAAUUCAGCCCUACGACUGGCACUUCGGUGCAGGAUGUGUCCUGGAACCUGCUUAUCAGAAGCAUCCGCUUGACCCUGAAGCUGGUCCUCACGCAGCCCUUGACUGUUGUCCUGACACGACAGAUAGCCCAGUUUAUUGGCUGCGAAUCUGUCUACAAAAAUAUGGGCCAAACCAUCGUCAAGAUAUUCAGGGAGGAAGGCAUGGCCGGUUUCUAUGCCGGCUUUGUGCCCCGCCUGUUGCGCAAAAUGGGCAUCAUGGCCGUCACCACUGUCGCGACGGCUCUGUUCUUCCACUAUGGGCCGCCACUCUUCCGCAUACAGGCACUCCACGAGAUCCUAGUCAAUAUAUCGUCCUCGUACGUGCUGCACCCUCUAUCAGUGGUGGGCACCUGCAUGGAUGUCCAAGGGUCCCCCUUGGCUGCUGCCAUGCCCUCCCAAAUGCCGCACUAUGAACACUGGACCAAGUGCUUUGGCGACAUCUAUGCGCACAGUGGCUUCUACCACCGCGGAGGCGUUCUCUUUUGGCGUACCGUGCCCGUCAAGAAGCUGCACGGCUUGAUGGGGCGCCCGAACUGAGGACAGAGAUGGGCUCAGUACUU